AUGGACUGCGUGAUUGGUAGAAAAAUGACGAAUGACAGACAGCGACAAGGCCACGUGACUGCUAUGCUCCCUCUGCGCGUCGCUUCUCUCUCUCCCCGCGUUCCCCUCUUGCGGUCGUCCCGCACACUCGCUCAUGCAUCGCGGUACCCGGGGAGGGCGGAGCCCUUUCCUGUUGCGCGCAGUAGGCGGAUAGAUGGAGUGCGCCACGCGGAAAGUCGCCCCAUACCGCGCCUCGCUAUGAGAGCAGCGCCAAUUGCGGCAGCCCUUGCAGUCCCAGACGAGAAAGAACACGAACCGUUGGAUCCUGAUAGAGACCCCAGGAAGGAGGCCCCUGAACUGCCAGAUGCGCCACUUGCUGCUGACGCGGCCGAACGCGAGCCCCGCCCGGGCCGGGGGCGCGCAAUCCCGCGCUCGGCUCCGCGGAGAGAAAGUUCCCGCGCGCAGCAGGCGCAAGUGGGACCUCCCUCUCCGCGGAGCAAUGCGGAGCUGAUGGCGGAAAGGCUGGUGGCAGACCUGCUGAAGCUGGCACGGGAAGAGGGGGCGGACGAGCUAGUGGUGGGGCUGCCAGUGUCGUGGGACCGAUCCGAGGGCCCACAGGCCGCCACGUGUCGGCAGUUCGCGCAAUCGCUGGCCAAACCAGCUGCGGUGCAGGGGGUGAGAGUGUUCCUACACGACGAGUACAGCACAUCUCAAGAUGCUCUCGACCUCAUGAUCCAAUCCCUCUUGUUUUUUGUUCCUUCCACUUUUUCUCAUCUCCCCCCCUCUCUACCCUUCCCUCCCCCCCUCUCUACCCUUCCCUCCCCCCCUCUCUACCCUUCCCUCCCCCCCUCUCUACCCUUCCCUCCCCCCUCUCUACCCUUCCUCCCCCCCUCUCUACCCUUCCCUCCCCCCCUCUCUACCCUUCCCUCCCCCCCUCUCUACCCUUCCCUCCCCCCCUCUCUACCCUUCCCUCCCCCCCUCUCUACCCUUCCCUCCCCCCCUCUCUACCCUUCCCUCCUCCCCCCCUCUCUACCCUUCCCUCCCCCCCUCUCUACCCUUCCCUCCCCCCCUCUCUACCCUUCCCUCCCCCCCUCUCUACCCUUCCCUCCCCCCCCCCUCUCUACCCUUCCCCCCCUCUCUACCCUUCCCUCCCCCCCUCUCUACCCUUCCCUCCCCCCCUCUCUACCCUUCCCUCCCCCCCUCUCUACCCUUCCCUCCCCCCUCCUCUACCCUUCCCUCCCCCCCUCUCUACCCUUCCCUCCCCCCCUCUCUACCCUUCCCUCCCCCCCUCUCUACCCUUCCCUCCCCCCCUCUCUACCCUUCCCUCCCCCCCCCCCCUCUCUACCCUUCCCUCCCCCCCUCUCUACCCUUCCCUCCCCCCCUCUCUACCCUUCCCUCCCCCCUCUCUACCCUUCCCUCCCCCCCUCUCUACCCUUCCCUCCCCCCCUCUCUACCCUUCCCUCCCCUUCCCUCCCCCCCUCUCUACCCUUCCCUCCCCCCCUCUCUACCCUUCCCUCCCCCCUCUCUACCCUUCCCUCCCCCCCUCUCUACCCUUCCCUCCCCCCCUCUCUACCCUUCCCUCCCCCCUCUCUACCCUUCCCUCGUCCCCUCUCUCCCCCAACCCCGUGCACAUCAGUGGGCGUGGCAGGAAGGACCGCCAAGAGAUGCUUGAUGCCUUUGCUGCUGCUGUGGGUACCCCUCCUCAUCUCCUCAAAACGAGACUUUAUAGGCCAACAACACACGGUUCUCCUGCGCUCCUACUUCGAGUCCCAUGGUGUGCAAGCCACUGCUGUGCUGCCCAAGAGUAAAUCGCUCCAGCAGAAGCUCUGCUCCCUCCACCGCCUCACCCACCUCAAGGCUCUGCAGCCACUGCACUCCCUGCAGCCCCUGCUGUUUCUUCUGUGUGUGCAGGGGUCUGCGGUGGAUGUUAGAGCACAGGGCAGAGGCGGUGAGAAGAGCAAGAAGCCUCUCCAAGGCAACCAGUUGGUCAACAGUAGUGAUGACUAUGAUGAUGAUGAUGAUGAUGACGACAGCUUAUUUGAUGGUGACUGGGAAGCUGCUUUCAAGCUUAAAUAA